AUGGCGAAAAAUCUCAAAAGGCUUUCUAAAAAGGAGCGUUACUGUACAGAUUCUUUGAACAUUAUCGAGCGCAUGGUUGCAAAUUAUUCAGAUGAAACAGACAGGGACAAAUUGGACACUUGGAUGGACAGGUUAGAAUCGAUAUUUAGUCAGUAUGAGGAAAUUAGGCUUGAGAUGGAUUUAUUAGACGAUAGUGAGGUUGCGCUGAAACGCUCGGAUAGUGUUAACGUGAAUGAUGUUACGAUUGCCGGAGAUCAAAUUCAGACUUCUCGGGAGGAAUUUGAAGUAGCCUAUUUGAGAUUAAAGGCUUUUCUCCAAUCAGAAAUGCGGAAACGCUCGUGUGCCUCCGACCAAGCAAAUGUUAGCCAUGCUGAGCAGGCACCCAUAUCCCAACCAGCUCAAUUGCGAGUGAAACUGCCGGAGAUUAGACUUCCUCUUUUCGAUGGGUCUGUUAAGGAAUGGCCAACUUUUAGAGAUUCAUUCAAGUCAUUGAUCGAUUCCGCUCCUCAACUCAGCAGCAUAGAUAAAUUUUCAUAUUUAAUUUCGGCGCUUUCCAAGGAAGCUAAACGUGUGGUUGAGGUUAUCGAUGUGACGUCAGAAAAUUAUUAUGUGGCUUGGGAGAUGCUUCAAAGACGGUACGAGAACAAAUAUUUGAUCGUUAAGUCCUACGUCGAUUCCCUGUUUGCGGUAGAGCCUAUGAAAAAAGAGUGUCACGAAUCACUGAACCAUCUUAUCGACGAAUAUGAGAGAAAUUUGAUGAUGCUAGAAAGGUUACCAUGCGUCAUUGGGAAUCUCACCGCAAAUCAACAAAUGUCCCAACCUACUACGAACUGA